AUGGUUUUGACUUCAAAAAGUCAUACAUAUCAUCAUAACUGGGAAACUGUAACAUUAGCUUUUUGGAAUAAAUAUCCCAAUGAUCUACAACCUCAUGUCCGUAGGGUUGAUGUAUUAAAUAUUAAUAUUAAUGAAACUAUGCGUUGUAUGUUUAUGAAGCGACUACAUUCUCUUAAAUAUAAUGUUCCUGGGUGGAUAGAAAGACUUAUAGGAUGUACAGCUCAAGGAUACGCAGUUGAGGAGUCCUUUUGUGAUUUGGAUAGCAAAGUCUUAAAAAUAAAGGGUGUAAAUCAUACAUUCAAUCAGUUUUUUCGUUUGGAGGAAGAGUGCAGAUAUGAAAUACAUCCUGAAAAUAGCGAAUGGACUUUAUAUACCCAAGAGUACAAAUUUAUUGUUGAGGGAUUUGGAAAAGAAGGUAAUUCUAUAAGAAGAUACAUUGAAAAGUUAGCAGCUCAAAUAGUUCAUGAGAAGUCUAUAAAUGGUUUGAGUGCUAUGAAUGAAAAAAUUAAAAGUAUUGAACCUUUUAUUGAUAAAUGUACAAAGAGCAAACUUGAAGACAAGUUAAAUGAGAUGUUAACUGUAGCACAGUUAAAUAAAGAAAUAAUGGCUGACCCUGAUAUUGAGAUUACAAACUGUUUAUUUAAUAAAUUACACACAGAAGAUAAAGUAGGAAAUGAAAAUCUAUAUGUAGAUCAGCAAGAUCACAACAAAGUAAUUCAAAGACCUUACAAAGAAAGUGAAUAUUAUAAAUACCUCCAAAUUCAACCUAAAGAUUGUAAUGAAUCAUAUAAAGAUCUAAUUUAUAUUUCAAAGAUGAAUAAUAUUCAUGCGAAUAUCUCUUUCAAACCCAAGAACAACGGUAUCUAUGACAAAUUACUAAAUAAAGUUCAAAAUCGCAAUCAUCCAUUACUCAUACGCAAAAUAUAUGAUGCUACAAGAUUUACAAUUAGUCUAUUGCAAAAAAUAAAUUAUAUACAGUCGAAAACUGUAUAUAAAGAUAAGUGUACAGGCCUUGACCACUUUUUCAACUUCUUGUGUUCAUAAAAAAAUUUCACCUGUAAAUACAAUUACCUUUUAUUUAACUUUUCUAUAUAACUCUACAAUAAGCCCUAUGGAAAUACUAUUCUUUGAUAAAUUGAUCAACAAGAUUAAUGAGCAAUUGGGCAUAGCUACAUU